ACCUGACCCAGUGUCCACCAGUCAUGGAAAUGUCAGCCAGGGCUGUUCCUGAGCAUGUCCCCUUGGGGAGCUCAGGCCCAGCUCUGGGAGUCCACUGCUGCCUGUUCUCCCAGUUGCUCCUGGGUCAGCUAGGGGCAUCAGAGAGACAAUCCAGGUAGGGAACAGGGAGCUGAGGCUGUGGGAUCAGGGUCCUAGGGGCUGGUGUAGGAGCAGAUGCCCAGAGCCUCCAUAGAGGUUCCAGAUCCCUGAGGUCUGGAGGCCAGGAUGAUUUGGGGGCUCCCAAGGGAGAUGCCUCCUCAGAGGUAGCUGUCCAUCUUGUCCUGGGCCCCAGUGGUGUGCCUCAGGAACCCUGGCUGUGCUGGGCCUCUUCUUGUGUGGUUGGCCCAGGAAAAUAGCCCCAGCAGAGGGGCACCACAUUUGCAGGGGGUCAGCCCCAGCCCUGCCUAUGAAUGUCCAGGUGAAGCCACUCAGGGCAAGACCCAGACGUGGGUGGAUGAGGAUUUGGAAGAGGGAAGCAGGCAGGAAGCCCAGGCGGAAAUAGCUAGGGAGACCAGGCAUCUUGGGCCCUGUCCAGAAGGCCAGAUGUGUUUCAAGGAAGGCAGGCCAGAGCCAGGCCUGGACCUUAGGUGCAGUGUCGGGGACUGCUGUGGGCCUAGGCAGGCCUUUCCAGCUCCCAGCUACCCUGCCCCCAGGGACAAUCAGGGAUUCAGAUCCUGAGGCCUGCAGGGAGAACAAUGGAGCCCUUGAAGGCCCCCCCCUUCACCCCCCAUUGUGCUUGGUGGCGAGAGGUGGCCCUGGCCCAGCCACACACCCUUGGGAAGGACCAGCAUCGUCCGGCAGGUGGAAGGGCUCACUGAGACUUGUAUUUCCCAGCCUGGAGAAGGUAGGGCUCUGCCUGGGAACCCCACCCACCUCCCCAGACUCAUCCAGAGCAGGAACUAGCGGUGAACCCCUCAGCCAGCUGAGGUCCUGCCCGCCCGCGCCCAUGACCAACAUGAGCUGGAGCUUCCUGACGCGGCUGCUGGAGGAGAUCCACAACCACUCCACCUUCGUGGGCAAGGUGUGGCUCACCGUGCUGGUAGUCUUCCGCAUCGUGUUGACUGCUGUGGGCGGCGAGUCUAUCUAUUCCGAUGAGCAGUCUAAGUUUACUUGCAACACGCGGCAGCCGGGCUGUGACAACGUCUGCUACGACGCCUUCGCACCCCUGUCGCAUGUGCGCUUCUGGGUCUUUCAGAUCGUGGUCAUCUCAACGCCCUCCGUCAUGUACCUGGGCUACGCAGUCCACCGCCUGGCCCGUGCCUCAGAGCAGGAGCGGAGGCGCGCGCUCCGCCGCCGCCCAGGUCCCCGGCGCUCUCUCAGGGCGCACCUGCCACCGCCUGGAUGGCCGGAGCCCACUGACCUGGGCGAGGCAGAACCCAUGCUUGGGCUGGAGGAGGAAGAAGAGGAAGAGCCAGGACUGCCCGAGGGGCCGGGAGAGGACACGGAGGAGGAGCGCGCAGAUGAGGUGGCAACCAAGGGGGCUGGGGUAGACGGCAAGGCGGCUGGGGGCCCGGGUCCAGCCGGGCAACACGAUGGACGGCGACGCAUCCAGCGCGAGGGACUGAUGCGCGUGUACGUGGCCCAACUGGUGGUCAGGGCUGCCUUUGAGGUAGCUUUCUUGGUGGGCCAGUACCUACUGUAUGGCUUCGAGGUGCGGCCCUUCUUCGCCUGCAGCCGCCAGCCCUGCCCACACGUGGUGGAUUGCUUCGUGUCGCGGCCCACUGAGAAGACUGUCUUCCUGCUGGUCAUGUACGUGGUCAGCUGCCUGUGUUUGUUGCUCAACCUCUGCGAGAUGGCUCACCUGGGCCUGGGUAGCGCGCAGGACGCCGUACGUGGCCGCCGGGGUCCACCAGCGCAGGUGCCUGGUCCCGGGCCGCGCCCACCACCUUGUGCCUUCCCGGCCCCAGCCACCAGCCUGGCCUGCCCGCCCGACUACAGCCUGGUGGUGCGUGCUGCUGAGCGUGCACGCGCGCAUGACCAGAAUUUGGCUAAUCUGGCCUUGCAGGCGCUGCGUGACGGGGCGGCAGCAGGCGGAGACCGGGAUAGCCCGCCCUGCCCUGGGCUCUCCGCGGCCAACCGGGGGCCACCCAGAGCCAGCGCACCGGCUUCUGGAACCGGCAGCGCCACGUCUGGGGGCACCGCCGGAGAGCAGGGCCGGCCUGGGGCCCAUGAGCGGCCAGGCGCCAAACCCAGGGCUGGCUCCGAGAAGGGCAGUAGCGGCAGCAGGGACGGAAAGGCCACUGUGUGGAUCUGAGGAUACUGGCGGGGAUUGCUGAUGUGGGGGGCUCUGGAGGAAGGUUGAUCUCAAUUCUGUUAAGACAGCGGCACCCAAGGCAGCUCUGGCUGCUUCUCCUGCCUGGGGAGGGACGUUGUAGGGAGGAGAAGGGGCUGAAGGCCAACAGGAGGCAGGGUCUGGGCACCUCUGAGGCUGAAAGACGGGGAGGAGGAAGCCUGUGUGCCCCCAAGGGUGGGCAAAGCAGGGGCCCCAGAAUGACUGGCCGUGCCCCUGCUGAGCUGUUGGGUCCUCAGAGAUGACCACUGCCUGCCUCCCAUUCCUUCCCUCUGAGCUCCCUUGCAGCAACCCACUGACCACCUGAGUCCCUGGAACAGACAUUUUGGGGACUGCAGUUUCCACUCGCUGCCACAAUAUGUGGUUCCUUUGCCACACCUUCAGCCUGGAGCCCUGGUUCCAGCAAUCCCAGGACAGGCAGAGGGUCCUGGGCUCAGCCCCAACCUGCACCAGUUCCUGGUUCUCCUGGGGUGACACUCUGCAGAGGACCUUUGAUGGACAGGACCACCCCUUCUCUGAGCCUCUAUGGCAAAAAGUAUCAGCUAAGGUUUGCUGCCUAGACUGACAAAGCAGUGGUUGGGGACCUGUGGCUGGGUUAUGCUAGAGGAAGGGGUCUUGGGAAGCCUGCCCAUGACCUCUCUGCCUGCCUUCCUAAUUCAGAGCCAGCUUUGGAACUAAGGGAGCAAAAUAAAACUAACUUUUGUUUACAACAGGGUGUGUGCACUUGUGUACAUCUGAGCACGAGUGAGUUUGUGUUAAUAUGCACACUGGUAACUGCAUGCACUGUGGCUAUGUAUGUGACUGCAUACAUGUAAGCAGGCACUUGUGUGCCCAAGUGUCCACUACCAGCCACAGGGGGCACCUAGCUCAGCACCAGCCUGGCUGGGAGACCUCUCCCCAGGGACAAGCAGGGAGCAAGGCCUGAGAUGGAGCUCCUGAAGGUCAUUAUCAGACACAAGAUGGUGCCACUGGGUGCCAGGGAGUGUGCUGGGGCCAGGAAGUGGAGGCCACACUUGUUAGGAAACAAAGGACAGUCAUGCACAAGGUUGUUCUGCCACUCAUGGACAGGGCAGUCCAUCUCAGGCGCUGGAGAUGUUGGAAUGCUGGCCAGAGUUUGCCACUCCCAGUAGGGGGCCAUCUUGGUGCAGACCCCAGGUGACAUAGCUGCCUCCCCACCUUCCUGGGCUGAAAACCCCUCUCUGGAGUCCCUGGUUCAAACCCUGGCUGAGUCCCAAGUCUAAUGGCAGGCUGACUCUGGCCAGGCGCCAAGUGCAUGCUAAGUCCCUUUCCUUUCUUGGGCCUAGUUGAUUGAGCCCCAGCUGACCUUCACCUCCAGGAGCCCUGACUUUAGGCUCAGCACCAGAUGAACCCUGGCUCUAGGGGACCUGUGUCCCCAGGUGAAUCCUCAUUCCAAACUAAGCACUGCCCCACGAAGUCAUGGAUGGUGAUUCUGGAUGUGGUCUCUAAGAGGGUAGGAAAACACCAUCCAGAGCAGGUGUCUCCUUCAGCGGGGCUACCUGCCAGCAUCUCCUAAUGAAAGUUCCACAUUAGAGGCCAUCCAGAUCUGGAGCUGUGCUGCUGGAGGAGCUGCUGCUAGCGAAGGAAGGUCUCUGUGCUGGAACUAUGGUGCCAAGCCUGGGAUUGGGCAUGGCUCUCACCCUCUCUCAACUUAACCAGUGCUGUUCAAGUCUUCACCUGAUUGGAUGAGGCCCACCAUUGGCUUUCCUCUACCCAAAGGCUAAUCUUGUGGGGAAACACUUCUCCAGACACUCACAAUAAUGGUUUUUGAAAUUUUGUUUUUAAUUGACGUAUAAUAAUUGCACGUUAU